AUGGAGGUCGCACUUACCCACGAACGAAAGGAUGAUUUAGGAAACAGAAGGAUUUUCAUGGGAAAACAAUCUCCCAUGGAGUUGGGAUUCGGGGUGGGAUUAGGAAAAGAAGAUUGCCAAUGGGGAGAGAGGCCUGUGGUUAGUAAUAAACAUGAGGAAAAUAGGGCAUCGCCAGAAACAAAAUCUCCAUUGAGGAAGGGGCUUGACAUGGGAUUAGAAAGACAGAACAUUUCUAGUACUCACAUGGAGAGGAGUAAUUUAGGAGUCAACAGUGUCUCAGCCUUGCAGGGAACAAAAUCUUCUCUGGGUAUGUUGCCAGGAAGAAUGGGGUUAGGAAAUGAGUGUCUUCUGGCAGGAUGUACCCAGGGAAGCAUAACACAGCCUCCCUUGGGCAUGGUGUGUGGAAGUCUACAGAAUGUAGGGAGCAGGAGAGGUUCUGUGCCUAGUAGUCUUCAAGGGAUAGACACAUUAGUGGAAAAGCAACAUUCUUUGGAUAAGAAAGCAAGACAGGGACUAGAAAAAGAGCCUACUUGUGUUGUGAUGAAACCAAGUACAGAGAUUGAGCCUCCUGUGGAAGUGGACAUUGGGCUACCCCAAGCAGAGGAGCCAGAUGAAACUAAGAGUACAGAGCCCCAGAUGGGCUUGGUAAUAGAACCUCCCAAGUACCAGUUUGGCCAAAAACCUGAAGAGAAAAAGGAAGCUGGAAACAUUGAACCAGGAGUGGAAUCUCCAGAUCGCAUCAGACCUAUAUACUUUGGGAAAUUUUUUGAUCGGACACCUUGCUGGCCAAGUGCAGGGAAAGUUAUUCCAGUUGGUCAAAGAGUUGCAAACUGCUUGACUGAAAAACUUCCCAGGCCAAUUACUCCACCUGUGGCAAAAAAGUAUUUCAACUACAGAUAUCCACCUGCUGGAGCAGAAAGAGUAUUUUAUGGCAGAGCAAAUGAUCCCCCAAUCGCACAUUAUUUGACACAUGGAAAAAGAUCUAAAAUUUCAUUAUCGGCAGCGACAGUGGUGAACCCACAGCCUAUUACCACAUUUCAACAGAAAAUUAAAGAUAAGAAAGAAUCUAUAUAUCUUAGUAAUCAAUGGGCACCAUUAGGAAAAUGUCAUGAUCAAGCACCAGGAUUACCUAAAGGAAUGGAUAUAAUCAAUACGACAUUUGGGACACCAUGCCUCAGAGAACUGUCGGCCAAAGAAGUGGUGAAUCCACCAAAAGCCUUUGAAGAAGUAUUUAAAGAAGGAAAGGAAGGACAUGAUUUGUAUGUUGUUUCUCACAAUGAUUAUUAUGUGGGAGAAGCAAAGAACAGAAAGUACAACCCAUCAACUUUCCAUAGGUUUAAUUUAUAUGGAGUCCCAACACCACAUUUCAAUGAUGGACGAACCAUGGCAAAAACUAUAUGUUGGCUUCAUGAAUCGCAAAUGAAAAAAAGAGCUAAGGUGAUAUCUAAGAGAAUUGAUGAUUUCAAAGAAAAGUUUCAACAUAAACUUGGAAGAGUUUUAGAUCCCAUUGCAGAAACAAUGAACGUUCCCCCAGACCACACAUUUGGAGCUUCCCUCCAUCCUGAGCAGUAUGGAGUUGGUGAUCUCAUCCAUAAUAGACUUCCGGGUGAAUAUCUGCGAGGCAAGGACAGAGAGCGAGCCUUGAUUGCAGCAGUUCGACAUCACUUGAAGAAAGUUAACUACCAAAACUUUGACAGUUUGUUGGCAGCCUUCAAGCACUAUGACAAGAAGGGUGAUGGGAUGAUAGAUAAAGCUGAGCUGCAGGAAGCUUGUGAGCAGGCCAACUUGCGUUUAGACGAGAAGCUCCUGGACAACCUAUUUGCCUACUGUGAUGUCGAUAAUGAUGGCCUGAUUAACUAUCUAGAAUUUGCAAAUUUUCUUAACUGGAAAGACAAAGUACUUCUUAAAGAGUAUGAAGAGAGGGUCGUUAUUAAAGGUAGAAAACCUGAUUGUGCAAACCCUGGUGAGGCUCCUGUUGAAGAAUCAGAACCAACUCUCCUAAUAAAACCUGAAGAUAUUGUCUUCAAAGAACCAGGGAGCUCAGAAAAGACUGUCCGGACACUUCGGAGACCAAGUGAUAACGUUUCUAACCAUUAUAAGACAAGUUCUUCUGAGAUCAAUGCAGUUGUGGGGGCCAUUCCUUCUCCUUAUUACCCCACCUAUGGUGUUCCAACCAUUCGAUCUGAUAUUCCCGUGCCCCGAAUUCGUCGCAUCAGUGAUAGAACUAACUAUGGUGAAGAUGGCAAUGCUUAUUCCUUACUACAUCCUACGAUCUUUGCCCAGAAAGGAGUGUUUGAAAGAGACUUCUUCAAGGCCAGACCGAAAGAAGAGAUUGCAGAGAUAUUACGUAACAUUGGUGUCACGCUUUCUGAUGAAGAGUUUGAAAAUGUGUGGAAUCUUGCCUCAAAAAAACAUCACAGAGGAGAAGUUUGUAUUGAGAACAUCCGAAACGUUCUAGAUGAGCUACAGCAUGCAGACAAGGUCAAAUGCGAAACAUCUGUGUGAUAUUUUUUUGAAUUCAUUCAU